UCUCAUCUCAGUUUCGCAGCCUCCCUUUCGCGGCCCGUAUCAAGUCCGCCGGCGGCUCAGCCAAAGAGGUGUGCCGUUUCCCGUGUUUCGUUGUCCCAGGUCGCCUGAGGUUGGUCCAGGUAGCCGGUCGGCAUCCGGGCCUCGUCCGGUCGAGCCCGAGCUCGACACAACUUCGAGCGAUCUCUCUCCAUUUCGGUUCGUCAUGCUCGAGCCAGAUGCAUCACUUUGCUCCGGAAGAAAAUGGAAACCGUAAUCGUGACACAUCAAGAUUUGCCAAGAGAAUGAAUUUCGUGCACGCGAACGACAUUUGUGAUGGAUCGCCGUGCGAAUAUGGAAAAGGUGAACGAUAAAGGAGAGAAAAAGAGGCACGGGUAAAUACAGAUGAAGCAGAUUCCGACCGUAAAAUUUUCCAAAGCGAUUUAUCUACUUUUUUAACAUAACACUGGCAGCUGGCGAGGCAGAUAAGCGAGCGGCGAAAUUGCAAAAAAAUUGCAUUUGACAAUGCGAAGAAGAAAUCGAGAGAGAGAUUUGUCUCUCUAUCGCCAUGCUUUCAACGUGGUGUCUGAUCAUCGUUACUAAGGCAAAAGUGAAGCGGGACGAGAACUCCUCGUGUCAUCGCGCCGACGUCUAGUCUAACGUCAAAGUUCGCUUCGGAUGAAAUGGCGUGUGUGGGCGACUGCAUGUAUAUGUACAUAUAUUUGCAUAUACAUACAUGAAAAUGUGAGGUUUACAUAUUUGCGAUACAUUAGCCCAUCGACGAGCGCAUCCUUUGCGAUGCCUAUUAUCACCGCGACGUGAUAAAUUUACUCGGAAUUGAGGACGCGAUAAGUAACCCGGGGAGAAAAACGCAAUGAGUGUGGCACGAAAGAGCGAGUGCAGCGUAAAUCGUCAUCUGGUUAGUCUUGAUUUCGCAUCCAUCUUUCGAAUCGAUAUGGACUCGUCUGGCCGAAUCUCUUGGUAAUGUGAUGUAUCGGCGGGCACGAAUCAAAUGGCAGAAACGAUGACACACAACCGUACAGCGUACACUAGAACAACGGUGAGGAAGCUGAAUCUCACGCCGAUGACACUGCUGCCUUCCACCGUAGUCGCGGCCGCGAUUAACGCCGAGGCGACGAUUCCCACUAAUCCGUCCACAGUAGUGACGGGCGAUUCUGCAGCCGUCACUACCGUCAAACCGCACCAUCACGUCUACAACGUGACGGGAUACCUUGUCGAGCACGAUGAGCUCGAUCAUAGUAUUCUCGCCAGCUUUUCAGACAUACAAACCGUUUUACUCGCGUGCAUAUCGACGUUAUUACCGCUGAUCAUCGCCUUGGGGAUCGCCUUCGGUGUCAGGCAUGUGUGGCGAAAAUAUCGAAACGACCGGGACAGCGGGAAUGGCUUACCUUGGUACAAGAGCGCGUGUACUCGCGAUAACACGGUAGAAACGCAACGUCGUCAUUCGCAUUCCGGAAAUGUUCCCGUUCAAGCUGCCACGAGGGUUCUCUCCGCGCAAGACCUGGUGAAUGGCCUAGAUGUACCCCGAUAUAUGUGUGAAACGGAGGUGAUGGAGAACGUAAAUGUUGCCCCUGCGGCCAUGGUGGAGUACACCACUUCUGGUAAUCACACCAGCAAGAAUGCGAAUGGAAAUAUCAUCACUCUUACACUGAAAAAUAAUCACCUUAUCGUGGAAACGGAGGAACGUGCGGUGACGAUGGAAGAUAACAAACCCACGGCGAGAUAUAAAGACAGCGGAUGCUCAUUUGUGGUAGAGGUACAGCCUGAUUACGACAGGGAAGAAAUGGAAGGUAACAAAGGGUCCUCCGACGACAUGACCGCUGGAAUUACCGAUCAACAGGCUUUGGUACACAGGGAGGAAAUACCAGACGAUAGAUCCUCAGGCUUCGAAAAUACUCGAUUGUUCGGAAGCACCAAUACCGGCUUGUCACAGUCGGAUCUGUCGAUAUCUAGUCAAGGCUCGGCCAACCCAAGUUACCGCUAUGGCAAUCAGGUCGAAUACGACUCUGGCCAUCUCGGUUAUCCUAUGUACGGCGGCAGUUACGAGUCGGAUGUGCUGUCGAGAAAGCUGGAAGGACGAUCCAAGUGGGUGGAAUUUGACAAGUCCCCGGAUAUAGAGAAGACGCUGUUGGACGAUUCCAGAAACUUGACCAGUGAAGAGGACGAGGAUAAAAAUCCACAAUUUUUUGGAAAAUCCAAAAACGUGUCAUCCCUGCAAGAUGUCGUGAGCGCAGUGAUACGGGAAGACUCGCUGGAAAUCAACAAUUUCCCAGACACCGUGCGAUCGAACCCGAAUCUCCAGGUGAACGGCACAACGCCCAACAAGUUGGAGAUCAUGGAGCAAAAGGCCCUGAGCAACGACUUCGCCACCAAAUCGGAGAGUAAUAAACCUGUGAUAACCGGCGCGCUGCUGAAAGACGACGUCCAAGAGGACGCGUUUCAGGAGCAACAGCGGAAACUGGGUAACGGCACGCUGACGCCGGAACACAAGCAGGACAGAACGACGACGGAUCACAAGCCGGAAGGCAGCGUUUUCGUGCCGAGUCACAAGCGAACCAGCAGCAUUCCGCCACGAUUGAUCGAGGAGACACUCGAGAUGGAUCGUAAAAAGUCUUUGGAUAUCUACAACAAAUAUAGUCAAAUCAAAACGAGCACCAGGAGUAUACUCCCGAGUCUGAGUCCGAAAUUCGAACUGCUGCAAAACGAGGUGAGUCCUAUCGAGGAGAAGGAAAGUUAAUGCGUGCGCCGGUGAAGGGAUAUCCCUCGUCGUCGUUCGAAUCGGGACGCAAUGUUCUCGACAGAAACUGCAACGAAAGAUACUAGUCAGGGAUUGAAGAAACGCAGCGAAUAUGGUUGGUGCUUUACACUCGUAGGAAUUAUGUUAUUUGGUAUAGCGAAUAAACACACACAUAUAUAUAUAAUUAUAUAUACAUACAUAUAUAUGCGUGUAAUGUAACACGGAAACGUACCCCGGUGAUGCUCGGCCAUGGCUAUUUAAUCGCGUAGAAGACGAGGCGACAAAGAUCGUGGACGUAUAUUUCGUAGGUUCGAAUCAUUUGGAACGAGUCUCGUACGACGAGAUGGACGUAACGACUCAGCGUUUGAACGAUUUAAUCGUCCGAUUUAAUCGUCACAAGCAGGAGAUGCAAUAGUCACCAAGAGAUUCGAUUUGACGGUACACUCUACUCGGUAUCUUUGCGUGACGGUUCGCAUUGACACGUUCUUGACGAGAACGCAACGGGGAGAGUAAUCGACACGCAGUCCGACAGAGCCGUGUACGACAGUGCUUUCUUGUUAUAACUCGUAGAGUUAUAUUCUAAACCCUCAGAGACGAUAAUUUCGCGAAGCCUGACUUUGAUAUGGACCGUUUGAUUCGUAUCGAGGAGGUAUCUUUCAUAACCGAGACAAAGCAGUGAUGAUGGCCAGCGUUAACGUAACGGUGGAACAAUCACGAUGUAAUCAAAAAAGCAUUGCAGUUCUGUAUCUUUUUGCACCGUUUCACAUAGUGGUAAAGGUACCGCUUGACUCGCGAUAGUGACAUAUAUUUCAAAAGGUAGAUAUUAAGAAGAUUUUUCAAUAUACGACACACUGCGGAGGACUCGUCUAAUUUUCUAUUUUCCAUCUAUUUCAGAACGUGUAGUUGUAUCUCACGUACGUUUGUUAUUUUACGUACGUCGACACUUUUCGACAAUUGUCAAACACUUGGUUCGCAAAUCAUUUUGACGAUUUUUAGAAAGUCGUUAAAUUAAAAGACAAAUAAAAUUUGCUUUGGAUUGAACCAAAAAAUUUGUACAUGCCAAAUCGAGAAAUUUGGCGGAUAAAAGCGUAUAUCCGAUCAUACGUAGCGUGUCGCGUAACGCAUUUUGUAAAUGGAUCUAUUGUAUGUACUGUAAACAUUUCAUAUCGGUCAGUUUUGAGUUGGCAGUUGCUACGAAUUUACUGAUACUUCCGAUUCAAACUUGAUUGAUUAGGCAUCGCUAUAUCGUAACGAUAUUACACAUUGUAGUAUAAUCGUAAGUUCUUUAGUACUACGUAAGACGUUAUAUUUCUAAGCAUUCACAUCUAGUAAACAAGUCAGUAUACAUUACAACGUUCACACACACACACACACACACACACACACACACACACGUAAGAAUAUAAAAGCACGUACAUACAAACACACAUACAUACACGUACGCUCGCACAUAAUGUGAACAAUUUUUUAUUAGCUUCAUAGACGUUUGAGGAUGUCGAAUCGACGCUUAAAACCUAACCUAACGAUUAUGUGGAUUCUAGUGCCAAAAUAGUUUCUUAAGACGUCCCUCGAGACGCGUCUCGCGAGCCGACGAGCAUUUACCUAUGAAUAACUACGUUUCGACAGAAACACUAUGUUACUAAUAUUUCAGAUUUUAUACGCUUACGUUGAAUAUAUUACAAACGUUAUCGGAUGUUGGCUUUGUAAUACCUCGCCGUAAUACUUGACUACGGCGGGACAUUGAGAAAAAUUGAAUGCCCUUAACCCGUAUGCAUAGCCAGAAUUCUUUGCGUCACGUACUUUUCCAAUUUUCACUAAUACCGUCGUUAUUACUGCUGCUAUAGUUAUUCUCCACGUAUCCAAUUUGUUUCAAUUGACAUCAUUCAAGAUUGUAUUAAUAUGCAUCAAUUAAGGCUUAUACAAUUUUGCAACAUGGAGUAUAAUUCAAAUAACGGGGCAAAACGUGAAAAUUUCGUUCAUAACCAGUAUUUGAUCAUCCUUUCGAGGCGACAGAACUCGGACGAUCACGUGCGAAAUACUUGGCUUGAAUAGCGCUAUUAAAUUGAUAAAAAUGUCUUAUCGACGCGAGAGUUUUUAGCGAGUAUCCAAGUGAAAGACUCCUUUCUUUUUUUAUUAGGAAAUAGUUGUUUUCAAGUGUCGAUUUCAAGAGUGGCAUGUGAAGUAUCACCGUCGUAUCUGGUAAAGACACAUCAAAGCCAAGUCUUCGAGCGUGAUCAGCGCGCGAUUACUAUGCAGCGUUGAAGAGAAAUCUUUUUGUUUUUCUCGAAAUACUUAGAAGUCUCUAUUGCGAUAUAAAGUAAUUGUCGAUAGAGUGAUUUAGAAGAUUAUCAUAGAUUUAGAUACACGAGCCAACUAUUAGAAACGCGAAAGUAGAAGUCGCCCAAGUCCAUAACGCAAGAUUGAAACGGGAGAAGGAGAAUGUUACGGGAGUUACACUCAAUUUCCAUAAUAUAAGAUUAUACGUUAUUAAUAUACGUUAUUAUUGUUGAACGUUUAAGAACAUUACGAAUUUGCCGUAUUCUUUAAAAGAGUGGAACAAUCGGAACGGCGUCGUAAGAUUGUUUGUUUAUAUAAAUUUUAAAAACGUAUAUUCCUCUUAAUAUAGCAUAGUUUUGAAUUUUACACACACACCUAGAAAAUGUUAUAUUCUAUAUAAUAUUCCACAUUCAUUGCUUUUUAAUGCGCCAGCAGUUUAUGCUCAUUUGUUGUCAAUCGAUGGAGACAGCAAUAAUGUAUGGAAGCUUUGUAACUUUAUAAUUUUCCUUUGCCUCAGAAUUGUCUCGCCUAUUAAUAUAAGAUAAUUCAAUAAAACUGACCUUUGUUAGCGUUCGACAAUUCCAUUUUACGCAAUGUGUAUACACAAUUCGUUUUGCAACGGAGGACAGUAUGAUCUGCUCAUGUGAAAGUACUGGACGACGUUCAACCGCGUAAAGAUCUCUAUAAGCUAUUCAAGAGUUAAAAGUUGGAAGGUGAUAAGAUGAUAAGAGAUGAUACCUGACACGAGCAAGCGCGCGAGGAACUUUUCUUAUGUGAUGAAUACAAAUUUGGACCCGCUAAGACACGCGUCCGUCCUUCUAUGUUGUACGUCGUAAAUGAUUACAACAAUUAAUCCUCUCACGCGCAACUUGAUCGAUCAUUAAUUCGCAAAUUAUAUAAUAAUCUCCUUAUUAUUAUAUUAAUUUAGUUCUUCUCGUUGGAUAAUUCCAAAUAUAAUUGUAUAUAUUUUCCCUUUUCGCAGGAAAAAAAUAAUCGAAAUAUUUUGCAUUAUCCUUGGUGACAAUUUCCUCUCGGAGUUUAUGUAAUAUAUUUUAUUUGAUGAUAUAAAAAUAUGAAAGGUUGCAUCUACAAGCAUCCGCAUUGCACGUGAGAGGGUUAGUACAAAGACUUUAAUGCGUAAGAAAAAUCGAUGAAGAUAUAGCGAGAGCGAUGAGAGCGUAAACGUCGCGGAGGCUGUUCUAAUGUUUUAUAAAGUGCAAGCUACGUCGAAAUCUGCAAUUUUUAACAUGCUAAUCCUAUUAUUUUUAUUUUUCCGAGAUAAUUGACAAAUCGAAAGUAAUGUCUAGUCGUUGUGUUCAUUGAAUGUAACGUUAACGCGACAUGCGGAGAGAUUUUUCUUACAGAUAUUCAUUUCUACGAGCAACUAAGCCAUCCCAUUGUAUAUGUCAACUUAUUUUGCAAAAUAAACUAUUGGGCACGAAUGAGGA